UUAUAGCCAUGGAAGAGGCAAAGAUUGCCUUGACCUGUUGUCAAAUCAGAAAGAAGUCAAAUGCUACAGGAACAAAGUCAUCUGUUGUUGGUAUAGGGUGCCUUGUAACGUUACCAGCAUCAGGACUUGUCUCCAUAUAUCAGGACAGGCUGUGUAUAUUAUCCAGAUAUCUUAAAUUACCUCAGAUUUCGCUAGCGAGAGAUUGCUUUGUGGUAUUUAACAAAGAUAAGAGAAUACAAUUAAAACCAGAUCGGUACCUGGAAAGCUGUCCAAAACUAGGGUUCACAUUGGUCGCCUGUGAACAAGCAAAAGUAAUGAGAGAUGAUCAGCUGAAGCCUGUGCCUCUCAUUUAUCAGAGGCUUAAAUUAGGCGAUCCAUUCUGUAGUGUUAAGCUUAGUCCAAAUGCAACUUAUGGGUAUACUAAGACGGAUCACAAAGUUACUAACUUAUCCUACAGCAAUAUCAGUUACUCUGUUCCAUCACAAACUAGCAGUCUCAAGAUCUCAGCAGGAGGACCUCUGCUGUCCACUGACAAGGGAGAAAUAGUUGGUAUUACAAGGGGUCUCGCGGGAUCUGGGCUCUCAAUCAAUGCAAUUAUCCACCACAUACAUGGGUUUAAAGAAAGUGAUGGCACGGAAGCAAUACUGCAUCAACUGGAGCUCUUAGAACAAGAAGAUAUAGGGAUUGAUAAGAACCAGCUGAAGAUGAGCGCUUGUCAGGCUCUUAGCAAACUGGCUGCUAAAAGUGUUAGUGAUGUGGAGUGUCUUGUAUCACACGAGUGUUUCCUCUCCGUCAUCGUCUCCUUCCCGAAUGAGAGUGAACCUAACGUGGGACUGUUGGGGGCUACUUGCAAACUCCUCACCAUAAUCACCUCCCCCCAAACAUUGACGUGUCAGACUCGAGCACUAUCGGAGGAUAUAGUGAGCUAUGUGCUGAGUGCCAUGAGUUUCUCCCAACACGCCACAGUCCACCUGUUCGGGUGCAGGGUGCUACUCAACUUGAUCACCAGUCACGCUUCUGAAGGUCUGGAGCCAUACGAUAAUGAGUUGGGAGAUAUCAGGACAAUUAUACUGGACAAAGACGGAGCAAAUGUGUUAAGAAGAGUGGUCAGAUCACACCGGGACGACAAACAUAUCCAACACACUGUGUGUCUUAUCCUCAGCCUACUGCUAGAGUUUACGUACCGAGGCUGGCGUGAGUCGGAGGAGCACAGACUACACUGUAUCACAGAGUUAGAACAAGCUCAAGAUCUUCUGUCACAGGCUGGUGAUGGACUUAACACCACCUACGACAAGGUGGAAGCCGAACUAGCGAUGAGGAUAGAAGAACAAGACACGACGAUAAGACAGAAAAACAAGGUCAUAGAAAACAGAGACAGUACAAUAGAACAGCUACACAGGCGACUAGAGUUUGCCAUGCCCACAACUCAGACCGUGGAUAACACCAAGCUGGAAGAGGAAAAUUUGAGACUGACGGAGACUUUGGAGAGGGAAAGAGAUUUGUGGCACUGCAAACAGUCGGAGCUGGAAGCUAGUCUGGAAUUCAGCCAGGAAUUGGUGAAGGACAUGACGACUGCGAUUAGGCAGAUUAAGUAUGAUCUAGAAAAUAGCUCGGAAAAUUUAGAGAACAAACGAGUUGAAUACAACUCCUGGAACAGUAUUAAGGAUGAACUGGAUCGGAUAACGAGAGCGGUACAGCAGUUAGGGAAGACAGCUGAAGAGGAGCUGAUCUAUCACUACGAUAUGGUGGAUGUGGGGAGAGAGGAGGAUCAGCAGCUUCAAAAGUCUAUGGAGUCUGUCUCUACUACGAUUGAAAAGGACGCAGCGCUGAGACGGUUCGAACGAACACACUCCCAGACCUCCCUCGACAUCUCAAUGGACAGCGAACAAAAAGCCACGAAGACACUUGACAAGUUGCAGAUGGUGAGAAGAGCAAUACACGGCGUGGAGCAGACACUUGAGUCUGAGGAAGAGAGGCUGGAGAAGCUGAGACAGAAACGAUUCAUUAAUCCGCUCCACGAUAUCACUGAGAGCUCGACACCACAGAGGACGUCAGAUGUAGAUGUACACGACAUACCACGCGGUCUACUGAAGCACAUGUGCAGGAUGCUUGACGAGCCACCUUCCUGUGGGUGGAGAAGGAUUGUACCUCUGCUCGGCAUGUCACAUCGACUUAAAGACAUUGAAUCGUCACUGGACAGUCCAACAGCUGAACUAAUUAGAAUUUGGACGAACGAAAACAGAUUGGUUACUUUUCCUGAUCUUAUGGAAGUUCUUAGGUUAGCAGAACAAAUGGAUACCGUAGAAUUCAUUAAGCGGCACCUGCAGUUGAAGAAACGGCUUUCAAAACAAUCGUUCCUCUACUUCCCCAUCGAGAAACAAUCUUCUCCUCCCGCUUCUUAAAUUUGUAAUUUGACUGCUCGGUCAUUUAGUUGAAUGGUUAGUUGAUUUGUUAAUUGAUAUGGAGAGUUGUAUCUCGCGCGAUUACAACGAAGAGCACGUUGGUUUGAGCGGAGAGUGUUUGAGGUGUGAAAUACAGAAAUGUAAUUUGGUUUCCUUGUAAAUAUAAGAGAGUCAAUAUUAAAUAAAGUAAUCAGCAGAGUGUUGCUGAUGCUAGAUGUUGAACUUGUGGGAGAUAAUUAUAAUGGGAAAGGUACUACUCCCAGAAACUGAUGGUACACAACAAAUUUAAAGUUAUUGUUUGUUUUAAUUUUAAAAUUAAGUUAUAAUCAUUAUAUUUUCAUCUUGAUCAGUCUACUUUUCACCAAUAUGUAACUAUAACUACUGGACCAAUCUUCUACUCCUAAAAACAAAUUUUCCCGCUAAUUCUAAAAACAACAAAAACUUGAAUCUUUUGUCAAUCCUUUAUUGAGCUGAUAACUGCAAACAUGAAAAAAGGGGAAAAACAUCAAAAAAUCAUGAAAAGAAAAAAUUAUUUACAAAAAACAUUUAAAAAUGAUGUUUUUGAAGAUUGUUCCAAAAUUUCGCCAAAUAUAAUUACAUGUUUGUUAUAACAGUAUGAGUUAAGUUUCUUCCGUAUUAACUAUUAACCCCACUUUGAUUUUAAACCUAUUUUUACUCUGUAUUUGUGUUUUUAAUAACGAUUAAAUAUUAAUAACUUUUUUUGGUGAUUGAAGCAAAAAAUCAGGUAUCUUCGCAUUUGAAUUUAUUUUGAAACUCAACAAUAACUAAUACACCAACGAGAAUCAAACAUCUUGUCAUACAUUUACCGUCAGUCAAUUAUUAUACUUUAAAAUCCAUGGCAGUAAUUUUUUGAUGACCUAAGUCCUAACUGUAGAUUGUAGAUACACUAUUUUUAUCAUCUAAAUAUCUUUGUUUGUUUUAACUUUUAAUUUUUGUUAUCAGUUAAAUAAGUAAUCACGGAUAUAUUAUACGCUGUGUGAUAUUGUAAGAUGCAAUGAGCUGUAUGGUUAAUCAUUCCACUUUUGGGUUGCUUUUAUUAAGCUCCUCAAGAUUAAUCAAGAAUUUCCUUUAGUUUGUUUUUAUACUAUACUCGUAAAACUUGUAAAACCCACCUAAAUUCCACGCAU